AUGUCGCAGCGAAAACAAGCGACUUUAUCCACAUUCUUUUCUUCACCCGCACGAACUUCGGGGAAGAAACGACCGUCAGAAACUAUAGACUUGACGGAGGAUGGGUCUCCCCCGCCAACGAAGAAGUCCAAGGGUUCAUCCAGCAGAGUAGAGUCACAAUUCUUCUCAGGGACGACUUCGACGUCUCAAACGCCACAGACUACAUCUGGAGCCAUGGAAGAGUAUGUCUACUCGACGGAGAAACCCACGACUUCCAGACCCAGAUCAGCAACACAACAGAAACGACACGAGGCGUUCAAGAAACGCCUGCUCUUAAAUAACGAGUCUUUCCUGCCUUCCGGGGCUGCGGCAGAACAGGAAACUGGUGAACAAGGCAAUGGUGCAAGUUCAGAAGUCGAAGACGAAGCGACAGGAUCGGAAUCGGAAGGCGACAAUUCCGACGACCAAUUCCAACGGUUGCAGGAAUUAUUUUCCAACAAGAGUAAGAAGGUUACGAAGGGAAAGGGUACCAUGAUAACCAAGAAGCCUCUCAAAAAGGCAGCCGAGAUAGGGCCCAGUGGGAAGGCUUAUACUCCUCUCGAACUUCAGGUUCGGCGGCUUAUCCAAGAAAAUCCGGGAACGCUUCUCAUGGUGGAAGUUGGGUACAAAUACAAGUUCUAUGGCAAAGACGCGAAGACGGCUGCCACUGCAUUGGGAAUGGCGGCAUACCGAGACAGGAAUUUUAUGGUGGCGUCAAUCCCUGCGCACCGGAGAGACAUCUAUCUGAAGAAGUUACUGUCCCUUGGCCAUAGGGUUGGAAUUGUUAAUCAAAUCGAAACGGCGGCUCUGAAGAAAGUUGGCGAUAAUAAGAGCGGUCCCUUCGAGAGGAAGUUGACCCACCUGUACACCGCCGCCACCUAUGUAGAUCAGUUAAACUCCGUGGAUGACUCGGAGCGGUACACGCCCCCGCCUGUUAUGUGCAUCAUAGAGGAGUGGAAGGACAAGAAUCCAGGAAAUACAUCGUUCGGUAUCAUUUCGAUAUGCCCCGCAACAGGAGAUGUGGUCUGGGAUGAUUUUGAGGAUAAGGCUAUGCGAAUAGAAUUGGAGACCCGUUUGUCUCAUCUGCAACCCGCGGAGAUUUUACAGCCCAGGAAGGGCCUUUCAGAUCCCACCAAAACCAUUUUAACCGAUUUCUCCGGAUCAUCUGGAAAUGCGAUACGUCACGAAUAUUUUGACCAGCCAAUGACCUACUCAGAUGCCUUCGAGGUAGUAACAGAGUUUUACACCGACAAAAGCAAGUCAGGUGCAGCUUCGGAAUCCUUCCGAUCCGGGCAGUUGAUGGCAGCGAUUACUGAUUUUCCCAAAUCCGUGGUGGUGGCCCUAGCCCAUGCCAUCAAACAUAUGUCUGCAUUUGGGAUGGCUGACGCCUUCCUGGAGACCCGUUUCUUCUCCAAGUUCGCCACAAGGGCUCAUAUGCUUCUUGGAGCGAAUACCUUGUCCAAUUUGGAGAUCUAUCGGAACGAAACUGACGGGACAGCGAAGGGAUCGUUAAUUGAGAUCUUGGACCGAACUAAAACCAAAUUUGGGGCGAGACUACUCCGUAAUUGGGUGGGUCAUCCAUUGGUUGACAAACGGAUCCUCCAGGAGCGUGUUGAUGCUGUGCAAGAAAUCAUCGAGAGUUCCUCCGAAAGGCUUAUGGUACUGAGAGAUGUCCUCAAACAACUUCCGGACUUGGCCAAAGGCUUGUCGCGAAUUCAAUACGGUCAAUGCACUCCCCCCGAGCUGGCGAUUCUUCUCCCUGCAUUCAACAAGAUUGCAACGGCAUUCGACGGGGAUGACAUUUCGGACGCAAGUGCAGUGGGAUUUAAGUCGUCAUUGCUGAAUGAAAUUAUCUUCGUCCUACCCAAGCUUAAGGAGCCUGUUCAAAAGCUCUUACGAGACAUCAACCUACGAAAAGCAACGGAGGACAAAAAAGAUUCGCUAUGGAACGACUUCGAUAAGUAUCCUGAUCUAGCGGACGCUGAUCUGGCGUUGCAGGCGAUUGAGAUGGAAUUGAAUGAAGAACUCAAAGCGGGUUGGUCUGGCAUUAAUACCUUUGCCCACUUCCCUGCUCACACAGUUCCCAGUACGAAGACAGUUACGUGCCUUGUGGAAGUGAAAAAAAAGGACAAACGACCGAUCCCAGAGACCUGGAUCGUGCAUUCGACAACCAGAACGUUAGCCCGUUAUCAACCACCUAGCGUACAUGCCAAGCUUCAAGAGAAAGCUCAAAUGAAAGAGAGACUGGAGGCUGCAGCAAAUGCCGCUUUUCAGUCCUUCCUCCAAGAUAUCGCAGACAACUACUACGGUCUAUUCCGCGACGCUGUCAAUAAGCUUGCAAUUGCCGACUGUCUCUUCAGCUUAGCCCACGUGGCUUUGCAGGAGAACUACGUUCGUCCCGAGUUUGUGGAAGAGGAUGUGAUUGAGAUCGUUGAAGGCCGCCAUCCUAUGAUUGAGAGGCUGAGGGACACACCUUACAUUCCCAAUUCGAUAUGUAUGGGCGGAAAGAAACCUCGCAGCAAAAUUAUCACUGGCCCGAACAUGGGAGGGAAGAGUUCAUGCGUUCGAACCAUUGCUUUGAUCGCUAUCAUGGCUCAGAUAGGCUCAUAUGUUCCAGCCAACUCGGUCCGAAUGAAGCUUAUGGACUCGGUCCUGACCAGGAUGGGCGCUUCGGACGAUAUCACUCGGGGAAAGUCGACGUUCAUGGUCGAGAUGUCUGAAACCCGCGAGAUCCUUGACGCAGCGACAGACCGUAGCCUAGUAAUCCUCGACGAACUUGGUCGUGGAACCUCCACUUUCGACGGGAUGGCUAUCGCGGACGCAACUUUGCAUUAUUUGGUCGAAGCGAAGAGAUGCAAAACAUUGUUCAUCACCCACUACCCUAUGGUCGCUACCCGCCUCCAAAAGAGAUUCCCGUCAGAUCUCGAGAACCUUCACAUGGCAUACUCCACCAGCGUCCAGAUUGACGGGACACGGACAAUCACUUUCCUAUAUAACCUUACUUCGGGCCUUGCACCAGAAUCAUUCGGGAUCGAAUGUGGCCGUUUAGCAGGGCUUCCCGAAAAUCUUCUGCGGAUUGCCUCUCAGCGGUCGGAUCAAUUGCAAAAGGAAGUACAGAAACGAAUUGCGCGGAAUCGAAUACGAAAGGCCUUGCAGCUGAUGCGACAACUGAGCCGGAGCGAGGGUGGCCUUGAAACCGAUAUCAAACUUGCCGAGCUGGAGUCCCUGGCCCACGCACAGACCCUGUCAUCCGACGACGCCCUUCAACCAUGA